GGAUAAAUUGAUCUGACUUGAGUCUUGGCCCUGACAUGUAGCUCGGCCGUUUGAUCCACGAAGGUAGCGCGACAAAGCAAUCCGAGAUAAACAUACACUCGAGUUUAUCGACAAGCCUGUCCCGCGGGAUCGUAUCAAAGAUAUCCAGCGAUCGGGAAGAAGAGAGAAACAAACGAGACGUAUAAGAGGGAACAUUCAACUGAAACGUAAAAUCCUCAUCCUAUGCGGCGAUCCAACUCGAUCCGGGAUAUACCGUGUAUUCCUGUCCAACGAGAUGAGAAAAAGAGAGACACCGAGCGAUCUAGCAACGACUACUGGAACGAACAGAGACGACGCUCGAGAUCGAAGAGGAGGAACGCUCGUGCGGUGGAGGAAACGACACGAAAGGGGGACAGGCAGGACGAAGAACAGGAGAGGAGAGAUGAGGCGCUCGUCGGAGCGGAAGCAGUGCCGACCGAGUCGAGCUCGCGUAGGAACGAGACGAAGAACGUGACAGCUGGCAUCGUUGAUGGUGUUGGUGACGGACGCACCAUGCGAUAUCGACGAUGGUAAGUGUGUGCAACGGUGAUGGUCGCCGCCGCGCGAUGGUGAUGGUGGUGGUCUACCGCGCAUAUAUCGUGUACGGAGCGCAGCUCCAACACUUGUUCCGCGUACGAAGGAGUGAGAAAAAGAAAGAGAGAGAGGCAGAAGGAGAAUGAACAAGAAAGGAAGAAAGAGAGAGAGACAAAUCUGCCCCCUCCUGCCGCGGGCGGCGCCACUCGAGGAGAUCCUUUCCUCUUUUCGCCUCUAGGCCAUUCUCGAGAGGCGCGCGCGCCAACGCGGUGUCGCUCGAUCGGGAUCCUCGCCGACCUUCGACCAAUACGCGGUCAUUUAAAAAGAGUGCAUACCGCGGCUUUUCAUCGAGCGACUUUUCCGGAAGUGACCUCGUGCCGUGAAUCCCGCGAACCGCCCCUCCUGCAACCGCCGAUAGGGUUAUCCACGUUAAUCAACGACGACGUCUUCUCUUCGCCUCCACGUGACACGGUGCACGUGGCUUAUGAUUGAUCGAUUGCGUCUUUGUCGCGAGAUGUCAAUAUUUCGAAACGCUAUCGAGCGAAAAGCGAUAAUUUUUGUUAACAGUGUCUCUUCGGAACGCGAUUAUAUAAGCGAGAAUGAUGAGAUUUCUGUGUAAUGCGCGAAUCAAGCGUUGACAGUGAAAAUUUUUGAUAUUCGAAUCGCGAUCGCUGAACAGGAGGCCGACUUCUUCAGAAAGAAGAUAUCAAAAUCAUGAACAACGUGAUUUAUUACGGAAGAUUGAAUAACAUCGGCCUUGUAAACUGAGAGAGGAUAUGUCUACGCAUCGUGCGCGUCGAUCGAUCGACGGUAUCUCGCUACUGUUCACCUUCUACGUCUCGAUUCCGCGAGUGAAAUCUGGCCGAGUCGAGCGGCCAAGCAUGCUGUCGAUUAUGAGAAUGGUAGCCGACACCGGUUCGCCACCAAGAAACUAGCCUGGCCACGUGACUUUCGGCGGUGGCCCGCAAUUUCUGCGUCGUUCGACAUACGCUAUUGGAUGUUGUUGAAUCUGGAUCCGAGCGAUCUCGAAAAAAAUCCCAAGAGAACUAGUAUCGCUUCAUCACCGUGAUUUUUCUAAACUAAAAUUCAUUAAUCAUCCUAAUCGAUAACGGAGAGGUAAAGUUCACAGUCUGCGAAACGAAUCGCGAAUGAAUGACGCGCGUCAAUCUACGUCCGACUACAAGGAAAAUCCACGCGUGAUAUGCCGUUUAAUUACGCAUCGACGUCCCCACCCGAGCGGUCGAAGCUACUUUAGUCGCGACCAAGUGCAAGAGGUAAAGGGAAAGAAAGAGAGAGAGAGAGAGGCAAAUAGGAAGGAUUCUAUCGUGCGUUGCGUAUCGCGCGCGGAGUCGGAGAGUUGAAUGCGCGCACAAGCGAGGCCGUCCCUCUCGUCUCGAUCGCCUCGAAACUCGAAGCGUCGAAAACUCGUUCGAAAGCUGACGCAUCACAUGAAUACGAGACACGGUCCGCAGGCGAUCGUGACGCAAGAAUCGGGGAGGCAUUGAACUGUCCCCCGCGAGUUUUAAAACGCGACGAAAUUUCACGAUAUCGCGAUGAAAAAUCUCACGAUGCCCGAGGUUUCCGAUCAAAAUUCCGCUAAAUAUUCUACGGACUAUUCCGCGAUGGUUAUUUCCCGCGCUAUGAUCGAUGUACGUUUGAUUGCCUGUAAAACGCGAUUCCAUCUUGUUCGUACAGCAUUACUGAGAUCUUAUUAAAGCGACCACAGUGCAUGAUUCCUUCGUCAUAUGAUCGAGAUAUCGAAGUUCCAUGUCAGACAGCGCGCUGACAGCUGUUCGCAAAUACCGCAGACGUUUUAAGCUCUCUUAAUUGAGUGGGAUAUAACGUGCACCGAGAAGCACAGUUUCCUCGAUGACUCUUCAGAAGUAGUGAAAGUUACAUCUGACAGCAAAUUUGCAUACAAUUAUAGCAGUGCCAUUGCAGCUCCUCGCUUUGAAUACUUUGAUGGAUGUCAUUUAGUAAUAUGUGAUAGUAUAUUAAAAUUUUAAAGAGAUCGUAUGAUUUUCAGAAGCGCAUUAAUUGUGUCUCUUAUUAACUUUAAAGCCAGUACUUGAGGAAACCACAUAUUCAUGCGCGCUUGAAAUUAGACGUAAUCAAAUGGUAAUGAUCGCAAUAAGCACGUUACUAGGAUUGGUAGCAAGUUUAACGCUUGGAUCGUACGUGAAAAUUAAUCGGACUUUAUCAAGGCAAAACCUCUCCAAUUUACGAGACAUUUCGCUACACACGUGCAAUUUUGCGGUUUAAUCUGUGCGACCGCUUGUUGAUAUUUCUCUUAAAUAAACGAAGUUUAUCCGGUUAAUGGACCAUCAUUAUACUGUCAUUAUACUAUCAAGAAAUAAUCAGAAGAUAUUACUGUCGACGAAGUAACUUAACAAAUGUAUACGUGGACAUUAGCGGCAGUCGUAAUUGGCCAAAGUUUUACGGUGAAAGCAAAUCCCCGGCGCAUUCCUCUCUCAUCAAACGAUCAUUAUCGAGUGAUAUUCGCAUCGGUCGUCGAGCAGAACGAUAAACGUACAGAGAUAUACCGAUCGAAUUGAAAUUUAAUCAUACACGAGUAUCUCUCCUACCUCUCAUUAUCGAGACACAUUGAAAUAAACUGACACAAGUUCGAUUUCUUGCAUCGCCAUGAUGAUGCAAUUUUAUUAAAGGGACCAGGAUUAAUUAGUUAACAUCUUUGGGGUUUUUCGAUAAUCGAGCUCGCGAGACUUUAACGGUGAAAGGCGGCUCUAUGCGCGUGCUUGGUCCAUACUUCCUUGGUCUCUGCUGGUGAUUAUCUCGUCGGAUUUGCACGAAUUCCGGCGAGCGAAAUAGCGGAUACUGAUGUCCACCAUGUCCGUCCUGGAGACCGGUGAGACUGACCGGACCAUGUCACCGCUGGACGAAGUCGUGUCCCCGACAAGUGUCAAAUCGGAACUGAUGAUCACCGACAUGUUGGACGAGCACGAGGUCGCGCUCGACGCGCAUCGUAAACGGAAAAGAGACACGGAUGGCGAGGAGCUGACGCCAAGAAAACUGCCGUCACUAACGAGGAACAACAAUGAGGUCGGAUUCGUCCUCGAGGAGAAUCCUGACGACGACGACAGAGACGACGACCGUCUGACUGGUCAUGGGGGCAUCUCCUCACUGGGCGGCGGGAAUUCGUCGCCCUAUUCCGGUGCCCAUCACCAUGGACAUCGGGGAAACGGAAAUGGGGGCGGCAUGCCCCACCACGGAGGCGCCUCUCUGCCGACCGCCUCCGACUUCCAACCCCCUUACUUUCCACCCCCGUUUCCCUCGCACCAUCACGCGCCCGCUAGCCCCCAGCAUCCUGGUCUUGGCCAACCGCAACACCUGGAUUACCUCGUCAGCGAUCCUUAUACGCAAACGCUCAACACGUUGCACCAGCACCACUACAAUCACCUGAGCGCUGCUGUCACCGCGGGCCAAAGGAGCGGCGAUCUCAGGAGAGACGCCGAGCUUCACGUGGCUGACCUUUGGCAUUCCCUCGGGGAGGAUGCCAUGGACGUUUGCUUUGAGGCAAAUAUGCUAAGCAGUGCGAUGCCUAAGAUGAUGCUAAAGAACAUGCACGCUUCGUCGUUCCCUUAUGACGGCGGACGUAGUAGCGGCGGAGCCGGUAGUGGCGGAGGUGGCGGCGGCGGUGGCGGAGGUGGUGGCGGAGGCGGCGGCGGUGGAGGAAGGGGUGUCGAGUACGGCGCCGUACGUCGUCCUGACGCCCUGCUACCGCCUCCGGGCCUCGACCAAACCGACCUCGUUCUGCACAGCAGCCUCGUUGACGACCCCCAGGUGAGCGACGAUAACACAAACGUGGACGAUGGAGGAUUCAUGAACGACCUACCAUUACUAAAAAAUAUGAAACCUUCGGACAGGAGCGAGAAGGCCAUGUUGUCCGGAAACGCGCAACCGUCGGAUGUGUUCUGUUCGGUCCCAGGACGAUUAUCGUUACUAAGCAGCACCAGCAAGUACAAAGUUACGGUAGCAGAGGUACAAAGACGGCUAUCGCCACCGGAAUGUUUGAACGCGAGUCUCCUCGGCGGCGUGUUACGAAGGGCGAAAUCCAAAAACGGCGGGCGUCUGCUUAGGGAAAAACUGGAAAAAAUUGGUUUGAAUCUGCCAGCCGGCAGAAGGAAGGCCGCCAAUGUCACGCUUUUAACAUCUUUAGUGGAAGGAGAAGCCAUUCACCUUGCCAGAGACUUCGGCUACGUUUGCGAAACCGAAUUCCCCGCGAAACAAGUCGCCGAGUAUCUCAGUCGACAGCAUUGUGAGCCGCAAGAUUCCUAUAGGAGAAAAGAACUUCUUCAUGCCACCAAACAAAUCACCAAAGAGCUGAUGGAUCUUCUGAACCAGGACAGAUCACCACUUUGCAAUACCCGACCACAACAUAUCCUCGAUCCCAGUAUACAGAGACAUCUUACUCAUUUUUCUCUUAUAUCACACGGAUUCGGAAGUCCUGCAAUUGUGGCUGCUUUAACAGCUAUACAGAAGUUCCUAAGCGAAUCUUUGAAUCAUCUGGAGAAGAUGUAUCCCGGGAAUGGCAGCGGCGUGACGAGCAGUCAACAAUCGAAUCUCGAUACGAAUAAGAGCAAGGAUGGCACGCUGAUGAACGACAUGAAGAAGUGACGCACGGAAGACCCGCCUACCUCGAACGUGGUCACGUCUAUCAGGCACUCUUGGCCGUACAAUUGAGCUUCCGUGCGUUCAUCAUUCUUACGGAAAGCUCGCAGUGGACCACUGCGUACUAGGAGCUCGCGUUCGCGACAUAUAUAUUCGCGUGGCCAUCGUACGCCGAGGUUGGCUGGUCUGGUAAGCUUCUGUAGGCAAUUCGACAUGCAGGCUACAUAUGUGCGAAAUGUGCAAUCAGGGAUACUAGUAAUGAGAGAAACAAAAAAAUAAGAAAAUUCUUAUUCGUAAAGGAAAAAAAGGUUUGAAAAGAAAAAAAAAAUUCAAGUUGAAAUAACUUCGUUCUUCGUGUUGCUGAUCGCCUUUGAUACAAUUCUUUUAUUCAUUUUAUAAUCUAUAUUGAAAAUAUUAAGAACGUUGUAGUUUUAUCUUAACAAAAUCUUUAAUAGCUCCUUUCAUUGACUAAAAUUCCGAUUAAAAUGCUAUUAAUGUCAUCUUAUAGAAAAGCAGAGAACAAAUUUUUAUAAGCAGAUGAAAAUAUGUAUCUGUGCUAAACAUGUGCCACAUGCUAAAACAAGAAAACUAGCUCCAUACGUCAUCCAAUGGAUAUUCUUUAUAUU